CUUGGAGCUCUUGCGCUGAUUGAAGAGCUGUUAUAUCGCUAGACCAUUUGAGGCAGACUGAGGCUGGAGAGAACUGGAUCAGCUUGUCUUCUACACACUAGAGCAGAGUUUUGGAUCUGAUUCACAGUAGAUCCAGAAUGCUGAAGACACGAUGGAUCCUCUGAGUUAUCUGAGGUUGCUGCAAGCCUGCACCCCCCCAGCUCUCCUUCACCCUACACGCCGCCUUCGUUCCAGGGCGUCUGACCACAAAGAGUCUGGCUCCUGGCUGACUGACUAGAGCCCCCACACACAUAGGUGAAAGGUGACCCGUCCCUGUGGAAGUAUGCCUGGAUGGAGGUCCCAGUGGCGUCUGGUGCUACUCAACCUGCUGACCUGUGGCCUGGAGAUCUGCGUGGCAGCUGGAAUCACCUAUGUGCCCCCGCUGCUGUUGGAGGCUGGUGUGGAGGAGAAGUACAUGACCAUGGUGCUGGGCAUUGGUCCUGUCCUGGGCCUCCUCUUCAUCCCUCUCAUUGGCUCAGCCAGUGACCACUGCAACAGCAUCUAUGGCCGCCGCCGGCCCUUCAUCUGGCUGCUUUCGCUUGGUGUUCUCCUGGCUCUCCUCAUCAUCCCCCACGCUGAUGUCCUGGCCGUUCACCUCAGCUGGGGCAGCAGCCGCUCGAACCAGGCCCUCCAGAUAGGCCUGCUCAUCCUGGGCGUGGGCCUGCUGGACUUUUGCGGUCAGGUGUGCUUCACGCCACUGGAGGCACUGUUGUCUGAUCUAUACCGUGAGCGCGAGGACUGUGCCCAGGCCUUCGCCAUGUUCUCCUUCAUGGUCAGUCUGGGUGGCUGCGUCGGCUACCUGUUGCCCGCACUGGACUGGAGCGGUGGCCUCUUGGCCUACUACCUGGGUGGGCAGGCCGAGUGUCUUUUCACCCUCCUCAUCCUCAUCUUCAUUGUCAGCGUGCUGGUCACCAUGAAGGUGUCGGAGGAGCCUUCCUGCAGACCACUGGUGCCGGAGGCCGGGCCAUCGAAUGCCGGACGCUGUGGCCCUCGCUCUUGCUGCUACGUGUUACAGUGUAAACUCAGACUUCUGAAGUCUGGUCCACUGCUGUGCUUUCUCAGGACUUGCUGGUCCAUGACCCCAGCAAUUUACAGGAGCUACUGCCACGUUCCGCGAGUCAUGAGGCAGCUGUGUGUGGCUCAGUUGUGCAGCUGGAUGGCCGUCAUGUCCUUCAUGCUCUUCUAUACGGACUUUGUGGGCGAGGGACUGUAUGAAGGAGUGCCCAGUGCUGCUCCGGGCACUGUGCUCAGACAGCGAUAUGAUGAAGGCAUCCGUAUGGGCAGCCUGGGGCUGUUCCUACAAUGUGCUACCUCAACUUUCUUCUCGCUGGUCAUGAGCCGGCUGGUGCAUGUGUUUGGCUCCAGAAAGGUCUACCUGAGCAGCAUGGUGUCCUUCACCGUCUCGGCAUUGAUCAUUUGUCUGUCCAAGAGUGUGCUACUGGUCACUGCCAUGUCUGCGCUCACAGGGUUUGCUUAUGCCACUCUGCAGACUCUGCCGUACACGCUCACCUGCCACUACCAUAAAGAGAAGGAGGUGUACAUGCAGACCAAAAAGACGCACAAGAGUGGACUGAGCAUCACCCAUGAGUCCGUAUGUCUCACAUUAGAUGAUGACACUGGUGAUCUGAACCAUAAGAGCGGCUAUGCUAAUGGCCAUGUACACUAUGACCAGGAAUAUUACCCCUCUCAGCACAGUCAGAAUGGUACGCCUCCUGCUCUGGGAUCAGAUGAUUAUGACAAACGGGGGGUGGGCUUGGAUUUUGCCAUUCUGGACAGCACCUUCCUGCUCUCUCAGGUCUUCCCUACCUUCUUCAUGGGCAUGAUCGUCCAGUUCACACAGUCAGUCACUGCCUACGUUGCCUCUUCUGCCAUUUUCGGUGCAAUUGGUGUUUAUUUUGCCACACACAUUAUCUUUGACCAAAAGGAUCUUAAAGAGUGAGAGAAUACAUCUGAUGAAAAGACUCGAGGGGCAUAAAAUCACAAGUUGUUCGUCUUGGGAAACGUGUGUAUGAUAGCCGAAAGAGAAACACUGCAUGCUAUAAGCAAGCUCUGUAAUAGAAAUACACUUUAAAGUACCAUAAAACCAAAACUGGACAAAGACCCAUCGUCACAGCCUCUGCAGUUAUUCGUUAUCUGACCCGCUCUUCUUCUGUCUGCUGUUUGCCCACACAAGAGCAUCCUGCUUGCACCACCAUGCUUCCUCAUCGCUCAACGGACAAUUUGGAAAAAUCUCUUGCUACUUCAUUUUCACUGCUCACUGGCACAGACCAGGAAACUGUCCUUUCUAAGUUAAUGCUCUAGUUCAUUUCCUUCCAUUUGCACUGAUGCACGUUUUACCAUCCCAGUCCUCAUUGUUGAGCUGUUCACUCUGGGAUGGCCUACGCAAUAUAAGCCAAGCAGGCCAAGGAAGGCCGGCCCAGACGGCCCGACAGUGCUGCCCUCAUAACAGCUCCACGCUGAUCAAGCUGUUUUGUUCAUUCAUAGUUUAUACUGAGUUUUAAGGACAAAUUAUGCAUUUGAAAGAGCCUUUUCACCAACACAAUGAAUGGAAUGAAACUUGGACCAACGGACACAUCAGUCAGGUGCAAUGUGUGAUGAUGCAAAUACCCUUUAUGUUACUUUAAGAAAAAUUUAGAAAAAUAACUAUUUUAUUGUAUAUAUUUUUAUAUAUCAAUAAUAUAUAUAAAGAUAUUUAUAUCCCUAUGGGAAUUUUUAUGCAACCUGCUUAGUGAGGUCAUCUCUAUUUAUCUUCUGCUGUUCUCAUCAAACAAAAAAAAGUUCUUUUUCAUGAACUACAGUUUGUCUUUGUGGUUAGAAACCAGCACUAAUAGCCAAGUACAGCCAGAAUCUACCAAGACAAUCUAGGUUAUUUUUGUAUGGCGGUCUAAACUACCUAUAUCACACCAUGUGCCACAAAUGUUCACAAAUUUGUAGAAGAGUGCAGCAGGGCAGAGAAAGGUGUUAUUAACUCAAUGUGAAUUUUAGGAAGAUGCCCCAUCAAAUGUAGUGUGCUUUCUAACAGACGAACAAUCGGACUCUCAGGAUGGACCCACUGUCUCAUCAAAGCUUCCGUUAUGUGCCAGCGCACUAACAGGUAUCCAUCAACGAGUAUUCACAUUAAAAACUGAAGAGGGUAUCUAUCUAUCUAUGUGUGCCAGCCUCUACAGGCAUGUGUAGUUUAUUAUGCCUGCUGUUUACAGUUCAAAUCCAAAUGUACUGUCGAAUUGUGAAGGCAGAGUUAUUGUCUAUCAGUUAUCAUUUCAUGACUUUUGCACUCCUCUGUCUUGCAAGUCUGGUAAUACCUUAAGUAUUCUGUUUGGUAUGGAUUUGGCAGCGCUAUUAGCUCAUUUACUGCAUUGUGUGGACUUCACUGCCGUUUGUGUGAGGGCUCAAACCCUUUGAGAUCAUUUAGAAUUUUUUUUCUUUUGUUUUGAAUUUGUUUGUUUCACAUCUGGUUGUAGUUCUGUUGUGGUUGUUUUGUCUUGGAGCUAACUGUUCACCUUGCUUUGUUUUCCCAAGAUGAAUAACCGCCUGACCUCUUUAUAUUAAUGAAUCUCAGCUCUAAAGUGCCUGAAUAAACCUCUGUAAAUAGGCCUCUGUAAAUAGGUAUUUACUUACCAGGUCAGGAAAAAAACCCAAGCACAAUGCUUUUUUCUUUUGCUGUGUGAGUUAAGGCUGUUAAUGUGAUGCCUUUUCCUGUGAGAUGAAGAUAAAUUAUUCUUUUUAUUCUUUUUUUAUAGACAGACUGCUAUUUAUUUGAAAAUGCCUUCGUCCUGCUUCGGAGCUGUGCAUGCAGUGCUUUCACACUUUGAAGCUUGUGUUAUGAGACUGUUCAUCUGAUUCCAUGUAUGUCUACCUUUCAUAAUGAAUUACUAUGAGUUGAUAUUAAUGAUGCUGUACAAACAGGCAAAAGGGGCCACUGCCUCAGCACAAAACACCGUAUAGUGUAUCAUCCAUCACCCUGUCGGGCUCUGUGUGCCUCAUAUUGAACUGCAAAUGUGUACGUUACAGUGUGCCAUCACUGGAUGUCACAACACGUUAACAGCUGCCACCUCGAAAAAGGACAAAUUCAGCGAUUCACUAAGACACACACAGUAUUGCCAAUCAUGUUGCAUAUUGUAAGCGCAACAGACAACAGUUCUGUUUACACAAGGAGCCGGUCAGGAUAUCUGUAACCACUGUACUUGUGCAACGUCCUGGGAUUUUUAUGCUUAUCAUUAAAAUGUUUUUUGUUUAAUAGUAACAUCACAUUAAAUUAAACCUUUUUGUAACAGUG